AGCCGCCUCCGCCCUUCCUGACCUGCGCGCAGAGCCGGCCGCAGAAGCCUGCGUCUGCUCCCUCCCGCGUCCAGCGCCUGCCCAGAAAUCUCACAGCUGGUGGACCCGCGCUCGCGGUGCGGUGCAGAGCGAGCGGAACCCAGCAGACGUCUGCAGCCCGGCACCCGGCAGCAUGAGCGCGCGCCGCACGACCGUCGGGCUCCUGCUACUGCUGCUCUGCCUGGCGCAGGUAUUUUCACAGUCCUGUAUUUGGUAUGGAGAAUGUGGAAUUGCAGCUGGAGAUAAGAGGUACAACUGUAAAUAUUCCGGGCCACCAAAACCCCUGCCGAAGGAUGGGUAUGACUUAGUGCAGGAACUCUGUCCAGGACUCUUCUUCGGCAACGUCAGCCUCUGUUGUGAUGUUCAGCAGCUUCGGACACUGAAAAACAACCUGCAGCUACCCCUGCAGUUCCUGUCCAGAUGUCCAUCCUGUUUUUAUAACCUAAUGAACCUGUUCUGCGAGCUAACAUGUAGCCCUCACCAGAGUCAGUUUCUAAAUGUGACAGCAACUGAAGAUUACUUUGAUCCUGAGACAAAGCAGAUGAAAACAAAUGUAAAAGAAUUACAGUACUGUAUUGGACAGAGCUUUGCCAGUGCAAUGUACAAUGCCUGCCGUGAUGUGGAGGCCCCCUCAAGUAAUGACAAGGCCCUAGGACUCCUGUGUGGGAAGGAUGCCGAUGCCUGUAAUGCCACCAACUGGAUUGAGUACAUGUUCAAUAAGGACAAUGGACAGGCACCGUUUACCAUCACUCCCAUUUUCUCAGAUCUUCCGAUCCUUGGGAUGGAACCCAUGGAAAACACCACCAAAGGUUGCAACGAAUCUGUAGAUGAGGUCACAGGGCCCUGCAGCUGCCAGGACUGCGCCAUUGUCUGUGGCCCUAAGCCCCAGCCUCCGCCCCCACCUGUCCCCUGGAGGAUCUUGGGCUUGGAUGCCAUGUAUGUCAUCAUGUGGAUCACCUACAUGGCGUUCUUGUUUGUGUUCUUUGGAGCACUUUUUGCAGUGUGGUGCUACAGAAAGCGGUAUUUUGUGUCUGAGUACACUCCCAUUGACAGCAAUACAGCCUUUUCUGUGAAUGCCAGGGACAGAGGGGAGGCCUCGUGCUGUGACCCACUUGGUGCAGCAUUCGACAGCUGCUUGAGGCGCAUGUUCACAAAGUGGGGGUCUUUCUGUGUCCGAAACCCUGUCUGUGUCAUUUUCUUCUCACUGGUCUUCAUUGCUGUGAGUUCUUCGGGCCUGGCGUUUGUCCAACUUACCACCAAUCCUGUGGACCUCUGGUCAGCCCCUAACAGUCAAGCCCGCCUGGAGAAGAAAUACUUUGAUACCCGCUUCGGACCUUUCUUUCGCACAGAGCAGCUCAUCAUCCAGGCCCCCAACACCAGUGUCCACAUCUAUGAGCCGUACCCCACAGGCACCAAUGUGCCUUUCGGACCACCCCUUAACAAAGACAUUUUACACCAGGUUCUUGACUUACAAAUAGCCAUUGAAGGCAUUACUGCAUCUUAUAACAAUGAGACGGUGACACUUCAAGACAUCUGUGUGGCCCCUCUCUCUCCAUCCAACAAGAACUGCACCAUUUUGAGUGUGUUAAAUUACUUCCAGAACAGCCAUUCCGUGCUGGACCACAAAAUAGGCGAUGACUUCUUUGUGUAUGCCGAUUACCACACGCACUUCCUCUACUGCAUACGGGCUCCUGCCUCUCUGAAUGAUACAAGUAUGCUCCAUGAUCCUUGUCUGGGUACGUUUGGAGGACCGGUGUUCCCUUGGCUUGUGCUGGGUGGCUAUGAUGAUCAAAACUACAAUAAUGCCACUGCCCUUGUGAUUACCUUCCCUGUCAAUAAUUACUAUAACAACACAGAGAAGCUCCAGAGGGCCGAGGCCUGGGAAAAAGAGUUUAUUAAUUUUGUGAAAAACUACCAGAAUCCAAACCUGACCAUUUCUUUCACUGCUGAGCGAAGUAUUGAAGAUGAGCUGAACCGAGAAAGUAACAGCGACGUCUUCACCAUCGGGAUUAGCUAUGCCGUCAUGUUUGUGUAUAUUUCUCUGGCUUUGGGGCACAUCCAAAGCUGUGGAAGAUUUCUGGUGGAUUCUAAAAUCUCCCUGGGCAUUGCGGGGAUCCUGAUCGUGCUGAGCUCGGUGGCCUGCUCACUGGGCAUCUUCAGCUACAUGGGGAUGCCUCUGACCCUCAUUGUCAUUGAAGUCAUCCCGUUCUUGGUGCUGGCUGUUGGGGUGGACAACAUCUUCAUUCUGGUACAAACCUACCAGAGAGAUGAGCGUCUUCAGGAGGAGACCCUGGAUCAGCAGCUGGGCAGGAUCAUCGGGGAGGUGGCUCCAACUAUGUUCCUUUCGUCCUUUUCCGAGACUUCGGCCUUUUUCUUUGGGGCACUGUCUGUCAUGCCAGCCGUCCAUACCUUCUCUCUGUUUGCGGGCUUAGCAGUCCUCAUUGACUUCCUCCUUCAAAUCACCUGCUUUGUGAGCCUCUUGGGGUUAGAUAUUAAGAGGCAAGAGAAAAAUCGCCUGGACAUCCUGUGCUGCGUCAGAAGUGCCAAUGAUGGAAGAGGCGUCCAGGCCUCUGAAAGCUACCUGUUCUCCUUCUUCAAAAACUUCUACGCUCCUCUCCUGAUGAAGGACUGGCUGCGACCGAUUGUGAUAGCUAUGUUCGUGGGUUCUCUGUCAUUCAGUAUUGCAGUCAUGGACAAAGUAGAAAUUGGAUUGGAUCAAUCUCUUUCAAUGCCAAAGGAUUCCUAUGUGAUAGAUUAUUUCAAGUCACUUGGUCAGUACUUGCACUCAGGCCCACCUGUGUACUUCGUCGUGGAAGAGGGGCAUGACUACACUUCCCCCAAAGGGCAGAACAUGGUGUGUGGUGGCAUGGGUUGUGACAACGACUCCCUCGUGCAGCAGAUAUUCAACGCGGCUGAGCUGGACAACUAUACCCGGAUAGGUUUUGCGCCCUCGUCCUGGAUCGACGACUAUUUUGACUGGAUUAAGCCGCAGUCCUCCUGCUGCAGACUCUACAAUGCCACGCACCAGUUCUGCAACGCUUCUGUGGUUGACCCUACCUGCGUCCGCUGCAGGCCUCUGACUCCGGAGGGCAAACAGAGGCCUCAGGGUAGCGAUUUCAUGAAAUUCCUGCCCAUGUUCCUGUCUGAUAACCCUAACCCCAAGUGUGGCAAAGGGGGACAUGCUGCUUACAGUUCUGCAGUCAGCAUCAUUGGUGAUGACAUGUACAUCGGGGCCACAUACUUCAUGACCUACCACACUGUUCUUAAGACCUCUGCUGACUUUAUUGAUGCCAUGAAAAAAGCCAGGCUCAUAGCCAGUAACAUCACAGAAACCAUGAGCGCUAAGGGUAGUAAGCGCCGUGUGUUCCCGUACAGCGUGUUCUACGUCUUCUACGAACAGUACCUGACCAUUAUUGAUGAUACCAUCUUCAACCUUGGUGUGUGUCUGGGCUCCAUAUUCCUGGUGACCUUGGCAGUUCUGGGCUGUGAGCUAUGGUCUGCAGUCAUCAUGUGUGUCACCAUAGCCAUGAUCCUGGUCAACAUGUUUGGUGUGAUGUGGUGGUUGAGAAUCAGUCUGAAUGCUGUCUCCUUGGUCAACUUGGUGAUGAGCUGCGGCAUUUCCGUGGAGUUCUGCAGCCACAUAACGAGAGCAUUCACCAUGAGCACAAAAGGAAGCCGAGUGAGCCGAGCGGAGGAGGCGCUCGCCCACAUGGGCAGUUCUGUGUUCAGUGGAAUCACGCUUACGAAAUUCGGAGGAAUUGUGGUGUUAGCCUUUGCCAAAUCUCAAAUUUUUAAGAUAUUUUACUUUAGGAUGUAUUUAGCUAUGGUCCUACUGGGAGCCUCUCACGGACUAAUAUUUCUUCCCGUCUUACUGAGUUACAUAGGACCAUCAGUAAAUAAAGCUAAAAGACAAACCACUCAAGAGCGAUACAAAGGCACAGAGCGUGAACGACUCCUCAAUUUCUAGCCCCAUUACAGGCGCUGGACUGUCUCUAAGGAUUGGUCACGUUUACUGUAGGGCAGCAGCUGCACUGUCAAGACUGGGCUGGAUGCUGGUUAUUCCUAGGCUGUGGCACAGCUCCUAAUCGUGCUUUUGAACUCAGGAAUGCACACUUGACUUAUGAAACAGUAUUAUGGAAUCUGAGGGCAACGGCGGCACAGAUGGUUCCCCAGCCCAUUCAGUAAAGAAGCCUCAUCUUGGGGGAGAGGAAGGAAGCUGGGUGGCUGGGAAUGCAGUCCGCCCACCCACCCCUCUAAAGGCCAAUCCCCAUGCUGUCUCCUCCUCUUAGGAGCAAGCCAGCACAUGGGAUCGGUACCAUAUUUUUACCAACACUUGAGGGUGUUGUAGGUACUUUAUUUUACAACAUUUUGUAGUUUAAAGAGCUUUAUUAAUGCAAUAAAUUAACUUUAUAUACAUUUUUAUAUUUUAAAAAAACUAGCAAGGGAUUUCAGAAUGUUGUAGGUCUCAUUAGAGCUUGGUCUCCAAAAAUCUGUUUGAAAAAAGCAACAUGUUCUUCACAGUGUUCUCCUAUAAAGAAAAUGUAGAUUUGUCAUUUAUGGCAUGAGCUGAAGGGAAAAUGAGAAGCAUUCAGAGGCUAUAUACUGGGUUUUAACUUACUUUUCUUCAAUAAAAUACCUCAUCCACCUAUA